CAACAACACAGACAGUGUCCGUAGUCUCUGCGUCACCAAGCUUCAGGAACUUCAGAUCCAUUUCAGUGUACCUCUUUCUGACCAGGACUUUAAAAACACAGAAAACGUACAAGGUACUCCAUCCUCAACUCCUGGAAAGCUGUUACCAUGGCAACAAAUACAUCAUCCAAAUAUGGGAACAUAAUUUCCACAAGUGAAGUGAUCCAAUCAGGAUCUCCCACUCUCUACCAGCUGACACCAAAGAAAGAAGACAUUCAACCUCUGAAAACGAAAGAGAACCUUGGAUCUCUGACAAGAAUUACUCUUGGUGAAAAAGAUCCAAACAAAACAAACAAAACCAUCUUACUUGUUGGCGAAACAGGAGCAGGAAAAUCUACUCUGAUCAACGCUCUGGUCAACUACGCCAUGGGAGUGGAGUGGGAGGAUGAUGUCUGGUUUAAAAUCAUAGAAGAUGUCAUAGAGGAGGAGAAGAGAAGUCAAUCACAAAGUCAGACAUCAGAUGUGAUGAUGUACCAGAUCUUUGGUUUUGAAGAUAAACCUCUGCCCUACUCUCUGACCAUCAUUGAUACUCCUGGAUACGAUAGCACUGAUGGAAUCAAACGUGAUGACGACAUCAGUCAAAGAUUAUUUGACUUGUUCCAGUCAGAAGAUGGAGUUCAUGAGAUUAAUGCAGUGGGUCUGGUGAUGACAGCGAGUGAGAAUCGACUGACUGACCGACUGAGGUACAUCUUUAAUUCAGUGAUCUCUCUGUUUGGAAAAAACAUGGAGAAGAACAUUGUCGCCCUCAUCACACACUCCGAUGGUGUGACAGCUGAAGAUGUUCUGAAAGCUCUCGAGGAUGCAAACGUUAAAUGUGCCAAAGACAAAGAUGGGGAGCCUGUUCAUUUUAUGUUCAACAACCACCAGAAAACAAAGAAAACAAAGAAAAAUAAUGUUGCUCUAAAAGCUGCAUGGGAUAUGACAAUGAACCAUAUGGGUCAUUUUGCUGAUUUCCUGACUAAACAAUUCCCUCAGACCCUGAUUACAACUGUGGAAGUUAUGAAAUCCCAAAUCAAACUGACAGCCUGCAUCAACAACCUGCAGGAGAUAAUCAAGGAGAUUGAUAAAAAACAGACAGAAAUCCAACAGACUCAGGAAGCUCUGAAGAAACAUGAAGAAGAGAUGAAGAACAACAAGAACUUCACUGUAGAAGUUGAUGAGCCCUACAGAGUUAAACAAAGAGUUGUUAGAGAGAGUAGGUGGUGGGCAUUUAGGUUCAAUAAUGGAGGAGCUGUCUGCUGUACUGUCUGUGAGGUGAACUGUCACUAUCCAUGCAUACUGGCCUUUUAUCCAGAACAAUGUGAUGUCAUAAAAAAUGGCCGCUGUACUGUAUGUCCCGGGAAGUGUCCUGCAUCAGCUCAUGUGAAGGAAGAACAAUGCAUUGACUGUGAGGGUAAGUGUUCAGAUGAAUCAAGGCAUGUCAAAACCCCCUGGAUCUAUGUGGCCAAGACAAGGAGAGUUCAGAAGACCCUGGAAGAUGUGAAGCACAAAUAUGAACAGAACAAAGCAGAAAGAGUGCAGAAGUUGAGCGUUUUGGAAACUCUUAAAAAGAAAAUGGGAGAACAUCAGCAAGAAAAAGAUCGGUUGCUGGACGAGUCCUUUGAGCAUGUUCUCCAACUGGAGGAAAUCGCCCUGAAUGUAAAUUCAUUGUCCACUUAUGUCCACAUGGACUUCCUGAUUGAGAAGAUGAAGGAGAAAGGAGACAUGGAGAAGGAGAGGAAACUGGAAGAGAUGAAAAGUCUAAUGGAUAAAGAUGAAGACAUCAAGGCAACAAUGCGCUACAAGUUUGGUAAACUAAGAAGCAGUUGUAUUGGUAAGAAGUAGUGAUGAACAGAAUCACUGAGAGCAGACAGCUGUGUAGAAAACAAGGUCUAUACUGAUGAUCAGAUGUUUCAUUAUAGUUCUAUAAAUAUAUUAAAUGUGAUGAAAUUAAUUAAAUGUAAAUGUUGUCUGGGUUGUAGGCUAGGAACCAAAUUCAGAGAUGCGAGGAGAGGAAGCAAUAGAAGCAAUAGUUUAAUAGGAACACAAAGAGACUUACAAAUGUAAGCAGAGCAGGUGAGCAAAUCCAAAAAAGAAAUCCAGGAACACGGAAAGAACAAGUACAAAUCCAGGAACUCACAGGACUAGAACCACAAGGACUGACGACAAAUGACAAUCCACCAACAACAGACACAGAAAACACAGGGACUAAAUACACAGGGUAAUGAGUAAACGAGGGACAGCUGACACAAGGAGAGGGAAACAGGUGAAACACAAUAGAGCAAUCACAAGGGCGGGAAAACACAGGAAGAAAGCCAGACAAGACUACGGAGAAAAGACAGACUUCAAAAUAAAACGAAAUGGGAAAACCAACAGAAACAUGAAACCAACUAAAACAAAGACACUUGACACAAGGACUGGUGAACAGGUGAAAGACAUCAGACAAUAACAAAGGCGGGAAAACCAAAAGACAAGAAGUAACAAAACAAGAAACACUAAGGGGAACAGAAUAACUCUUAAAUAAAACAGGUCCAAACACACAAAAAACACCAUAAGAGCGGGGCAGGCGUGACAAAUGUGUAAUUCCUGGAAAUGACUGUUCUUGUAGUUUCAUGUUUAAUCAUCAUAAAUUACUACAGAUUUGACAACAGUUUGGGACAACAGCUCUGGUUUUAAAUGCAGUGAGCCCCCCCCUGCUGUUUAAUGUUGAGAACAGCAGCUCCCUCCCUCUAUAUCACAAACUGAAGUCAAAUCACAAAUACAUUUAUCAUUCUUAAGUUUUCAUUGUAUAACUUUAAUGUUUUAAUGCUUUUCUAACGUGCUGUUCAGUCGAUAAAGGCUGUGAUUUAUUCUGAUGUUAGUGUGAUGUUGACAGAAGUAAACUGGUGGUGGGACCGUAACACAUCACUGACAUUAAUAAAUAUCCCUAUAAAGCUGAUAAACAUGAUGUUUCCACAUCUUGUUAAUCAGUUUGUUCAGAGGAUGUUACAGAACUCAUAUAGAAAUAUUCUGCUGUGUUGGAGCUGAAUCCAACUUCACACUUCAGUCAUGAAAUCUAAUGGACUUUUAUUUGAUGUAUAUUAUAAUCAAUAUAUGUGGUUAUAUAUUAUAUACCCUUGUGUCGUCAUGCUUAAUGACUAGUUAUAAUAUUUCAGUAGAUUUUGGGCAUGUGGAAAUUUGUUGAUCAUUUCAUUUUGUACUUUUAUUUUUUAAUUUUGAGUGAUUCAAUGUAUUUACAAUAUAUAUUGAGACCGGAGGGUAGUCUGAGUGUGGACUGGUAGCUGGAAAGGUAGCAGUUAUCCUCCUGGAAACUACCUAAGAGCUUGGUGUGCUGUACUGUUAAUCCAUAUCAACGCAUGUCUAUAUGUUUCUCUUUGUGUGGGAAUGAAGCAAAAUAACAAUGUAAAAAAAAAAACUCAUUAUAUUCUGUUGUUUCUCCUGAAAUAACAUCCUGAUUGAUGCAGUUUUCUGUGAAU